AUGGAGCCUCAGGCUACCCCUGAUGUUGGAGUCAGUGUCAGUGGUGGUGGGAGGCUAUCACCCUCUGUGCUUUCAAAUGCACUGCAAAAUCCAAGUCUACGUCAGGCCACCUAUCGGCUCCCCGAUGGCUCAUUUGUCACCAGAACUGAACUGGCAGAGCCGUCUUCCAGUCAGUCGCACCUUUCAUCGCCUAUGUUAUCAUCUGCUUUGCUCAAUUCAAGCUUGCGACAGGCCACUUAUCGUUUGCCUGAUGGUACUCUCGUAACCAGGACAGAGGCACCUGUACCCUCCCCUUCUUCGCCCAUGCUUUCCUCUGCACUGUUGAACACCUCCCUGCGUCAAGCAACGUACAGACUGCCAGACGGGACUUUGAUAACAAGAAAUGAGCCAUCACCUGAGCCUGUUACCCCUUCCUCAUCUAUGCUCUCAUCUGCUCUUCUUAAUGCGAACCUUCGCAAAGCCUCUUAUCGGUUGCCAGAUGGUUCAUUUCUAGCCCACCCAAGAGAGGAGACAGAGAGCGCUGAGGAUGCAGUUUCUUCCCCAGGUUUAUCAAGUGCCCUGUUAAAUGUGAACCUGCGUAAGGCAAAGUUUCAGCUCCCAGAAGGAUCAUCAUUGUUUUCAAGAAAUCAAGCCCAAGCACCCACCCCUGCCCCCUCUGGCCCUCUCCUUUCUGGUGCCAUACUUAACACAAGCCUCCGUGGUGCCUCUUACAAACUUCCAAGUACAUCUCUAUUGAAGCAGCCUGGUUCUGCUGAGACCUCUGAACCACGCUCCCUUGACCUUUCCAAUGCUCUCCGCAACCAGAACCUACGUUCUGCUACCUACCGUUUGCCGGAUGGAUCUCUGAUGGCACGCCCUCAGCCUACUACAGCACCCCGGACAAUGGAUCUAUCAAAUGCAUUAUCAAAAAACCCAAACUUACGUGAGGCAAAGUACCGUCUCCCCAGCAGUAAUAUCAUGAUGAGGCUAGGUGCCCCUAAACCUCCAGAACCACGCUCUCUUAACCUCUCUGGUGCCCUCCAGAAUGCUAACAUCCGGGGGGCCUCUUUCCGUCUACCCUCAUAUGCCGUUGUGUCACCCCAGGUUCAGGGUGCUGGCCCAGAGCAGCACUGGGCACAAGGCCCAGGAGUUGAAGGCGCCGGACUGCUGCAAGAUGUAGAUGUGUGGGGUGCAGAGAGAGUUCUCCCUCAUGGUACUGUGCAGAAUCUCAAUAAGUGGUCCAUGUAUAGAGACGGGGAGCUGCUGGAUCCCCACAGCCUGCCCCUGGGACAGGAACAAAGGGAGCAUGUACCAGGGGAGUGGAAUCUCAGCAGGGAGGGGGAACCACAGGGGCAGUGGUAUGACAAGAUGUACUCAAUCAGAAGUCUGCCUACCAUUGCCCACCAGGAGCAACGAGUCGAAGAUGGAGUGGAAGAUAUGACACAGCUGGAGGAAAUGCAUGAAGGGGCUGUUCUGCUGAACCUGAGGAGGAGAUCUGAGAGGCAGCUCAUUUAUACUUAUAUAGGUAGUAUUCUGGUGUCUGUGAACCCCUAUAAGAUGUACAACAUCUAUGGGACGGACAUGGUGCUGCUGUACAAAGGACGGGCUCUGGGAGAGAACCCUCCGCACUUGUUUGCCAUAGCAAACGCUGCUUAUUCCAAAAUGAUGGAUGCCAAACACAACCAGGUCAUAAUUAUCAGUGGGGAGAGCGGAUCAGGGAAAACAGAGGCCACCAAACUAGUCCUUCGCUACCUAGCAGCAAUACACCACAAAAGCAAUAUUGCACAGCAGAUUGAGAUACUCGAAGCAGCUCCUCUGCUGGAAUCUUUUGGAAAUGCCAAAACUGUUCGGAAUGACAAUUCCAGUCGCUUUGGGAAAUACAUAGAGGUCUUUAUGGAGGACGGUGUGAUCAGUGGUGCCAUAACCUCUCAGUAUCUGCUGGAAAAGUCACGGAUUGUCUUCCAGGCCAAAGAUGAGAGGAACUAUCACAUCUUCUACGAGAUGUUGGCCGGUCUUCCCUCACAGCAGAGGCAGGCUUUCUAUCUUCAAGAAGCAGAGACCUAUUAUUACCUCAACCAGGGAGGGGAUUGUGGGAUAACAGGGAAAAAUGAUGCAGAGGACUUCCUGCGUCUGCGUGCUGCCAUGGAGAUCCUUCACUUCACUCCUGAGGACCAGUCGGCCAUCUUUAGAGUUCUUUCUUCCAUACUGCACCUUGGAAAUGUCUACUUUCAGAGAUAUGAGGCUGAUGGCCAGGAGGUGGCAUCAGUGGUGAGUGCGCAGGAGAUCAGAGUGGUGGCAGAGCUGUUGCAGAUCUCCCCGGAGGGACUACAGAAAGCCAUCACCUACAAAGUCACAGAGACGAUGAGGGACAAAAUCUACACACCACUGACUGUGGAAAGUGCAGUUGAUGCCAGAGAUGCUGUUGCCAAGAUCCUUUAUUCGCUGCUCUUCCACUGGUUAACGGAGAGGAUCAACGCUCAGGUGUACCCCCGCCAACACACCAUCUCCAUCUCCAUCCUGGACAUUUAUGGAUUUGAGGAUCUGGCUUUUAACAGCUUUGAGCAGCUUUGCAUUAAUUAUGCCAACGAGUAUCUGCAGUUCUUCUUCAACAAGAUUGUAUUCAGGGAAGAACAGGAGGAGUACAGUCGGGAACAGAUCCCCUGGCAGGACAUCCCAUUCAGUGACAACCAGCCCUGCAUUGACCUCAUAGCAGCAAAGCCUCAUGGGAUACUAAGGAUUCUGGAUGACCAGAGCUGUUUCCCUCAGGCAACGGACCACACUUUCCUCCAAAAGUGUCACUAUCACCAUGGUCACAACCCGCUGUAUCAGAAGCCAAAGAUGCCCCUCCCAGAGUUCACCAUCAAGCACUUUGCAGGCCGAGUUACCUAUCAGGUCUACAAGUUCCUGGAUAAGAACUAUGACCAAGUCCGUCAGGAUGUCCUGGAUCUAUUUGUCCAAAGCAAGAACAAGAUGGUGUCAAACCUCUUCCUGGUUCAUGCAGAGGUCACAGGUCAGCAGAGAGGAGGCCACAUGAAGAAGAGCAGCACGGUCACUAGAAAAUAUCAAGCUCCCACUGUCAGCAGCAAAUUCCAGCAGUCUCUGCUGGAGCUGGUGGAGAAGAUGGAGAGGUGCAACCCUUUUUUUGUCCGCUGCAUUAAGCCAAAUAAUAUGAAGCAACCAGGAGUGUUUGAGGACGAGCUGGUCAGCAGCCAGCUGAGGCAUUCAGGGAUCCUGGAGACAAUCAGAAUCCGUAGAGAGGGGUAUCCUGUCAGAAUGCCAUUCCACGUCUUCCUGUUCAGGUAUAAAUCCCUGGUGGGAUUACGAGAACCUCCACCAGCGAAUGGAGACAACUGUGUGAUAAUGCUCAGUAAACUGUGUCCUCUGAGACCAGGAGCCUUCCAUGUGGGAGUCACAAAGCUGUUCCUCAAGGAGGACAUCUACCAGUUGUUGGAGUGUAAGAGGGAGCGAACCCGUCAACUCGCUGCUCUCACCCUGCAGCGCUACACUCGCAUGUUUUUUGUCAGGAAACGCUUUGUGGCUUUCCGCAACAAGAUCAUUCGUCUGCAGGCGCAGUGCCGGGGAUUCCUCACGAGGAAGCGCUAUGUAAAAAUGAGGGAGAGUCUGGUUCGAUUCCGUUCUCUGGUCCAUAUGUACGUCAACCGCAAGCGAUACAUCAAGAUGAAAUUUGAGGCACAGAGGAAAGCUGAAGAGGAGAGGAAGAGGAGAGAAAUGGUGGUCAACGUCACACAUUUGGUGAUUCCUGCAGAACUGGGAGCAUUAUUGCAGACAGCAGGAGGUCUGAGGGAGCUACACUCAGACUGUUUGGCUUUACUUCAAGCUCCUCACAUCCAGGAGGAGGUGCAGCUCACUUUGCCUCUGGACAUCAACAACUACCCAUUCUACCGCUACGUGCAGAUCUACUUCAGGGAACCAAAGUUAGGAAUGCUGAUGGCACCGCUGGAGUUGCCUCUGACCCGCGUAGAGGAGGACCUGAGGGCAGAAGCUCUGGAGCUCUUCAACAUGGUAUUGCGGUUCAUGGGAGACCCUCACCUGAACGGGGCACAGGAGAACAUGUUUGGUAAUUACAUCAUCCAAAGAGGCCUGUUGUCACCAGGUUUACGUGACGAGAUUCUGGCUCAGGUGGUCAACCAGGUGUGGAGGAACAUAAACUUUGACAACGCUGAGAGAGGCUGGCUAUUGCUGCUGGCAUGUGUCUGCAGCUUCUCUCCAUCAAACAAGAUGGAUAAAUAUCUUCUGAAGUUUGUGUCAGACCAUGGCCCUGCUAACUUCCAAGCAUUGCUGCAACACAGACUCAUCCAAGCCAAUCAGAAGAUGCAGCUCAGCUCAGGUUCCGCCCCUGAGACUGCCCGGACCUAUCCUCUGUCACUGCUGGAGUGGACGGCCAAUAGGAAGAAGGCUAAUAUGGUCUUGCAUGUGCAUUGUUUUGAUGGAGGAUCGUUCCUGUGCCCGGUUCACUCCUGGACCAACGGAGAAGAUUUAGCAGGCAACAUACUGCGCCACAGGGGAGUGUCAGACUGGUGGAAGGGGAGUUCAGUACUGAUGAAGGAACACGGUCAGUGGGUGGAGUUGGCGGGUCAUGACUAUGUGAUGGACCUGAUUGCAGACUUAGAGCUUCCCCCUGAUUUCCCAAAGCAAAAGAGCUACUUCGUCAUCAGCACAGAUGACCCUUCGAGAGUCCGAGCCAACGCCAGCCUAGCUCUGUUUGGCAGUGGCUUUGACUCUGAUGAGGAGCUUCCUCUCAGUAGCAGACCAUCUGAUGCAUUCAGUGACAGUCAAACUCAGAGGGGAAUGGACCGGUACCUGGACAGUCUGUUUGACCCCGUCCUCUCAGACAGUAGCAUAGACAUGGAAAAGAGCGGAAGUUUAUCAGCGAGGAUGAAGGGAGGAGGAGGUGUUGGCAUCCCAGGAGAAAGGAAAGGAGAGGGAGGGGGUCAUACAACCCCCAGUCGGCCUUAUCCACCAGGAAUACAUCCAGGAGCUGUGCCAGUGCUGCCAGUAGCAGGAGGAAUGAUGCCACCAAUCCCUGCUAUGCCAAUCCCCUCCCACCACCAUCACCGUGAACAACAGCAACAACAACAGCAGCAACCUCAACAACCGCAGCAACAAUACCACCAAUACAACCGCCCCCAACAACCUUACCAGCGGCAUGAUUCUUCUAUCACACCUUCUGUGUCACCCACCCCAUUACCCAUACACUCCUCUGCCUCUGAUAGAGAUGAUAGUGUAGCGUCCCAUGUCACUGGUGUCACUGGUGUGCAGGGGGCCUCCUCACUUCCUGUCACGCCUGUGGUCCAAGGCUUGCCUGUGAUGACAGGAACAGAGCAGACAGUGCUGACUCAACAACAACAGGCCAUUAUCAACCAGCAAGCUAUCAUUCUGGCUCAGCAGAUGACCAUGCAGGCCAUUGCCAUCCAGCAGCAGAUGUUGUCCUCUUUCCCUCCUGUUGCUCCAGCUCCUCAGUCUCCGCCCCUACAGCAUCAAUACACACCUUCUCCUCAACGCUCCCACACACCCAGUCCUACCAAAGACAGAGACGAAUCACCGCACAAGCCUGCCGCUGUUCAGAGAAAAACAAGCCCAACACGACUCCCACCUCAGGACGACGUGGUCCGGUCAAGUGCAAGUAACGCUGAGCGCAUUGAUCCCAGCCAUGACAUCAAAGACAUCAUCAAACAGCACCAACCUGCCGGGGCAACAACCUCUGCUGGGACUGCUGCUGCACAAAGAAAGAGUGAUGGAAGAAUGUUUACGAAGAAGCCAGACCCCCAUGAUGAAGCAAUGGAGAUCCUCAAGGAUCAGAUGGCAAACCCACCACAGCCGACUCAGAGGAAGCCACAAUCCAUCCAACGCAAAGAAGAGGGAGGUGUUAAGGUCUCCAAGUCAACCAAGUCACGUCCUGCAGGGCCAGCCAGUUCCAACAUAAGCCCCGCCCCUCCUCCAGUCUCGAGAGAGCUGCCAGUAGAGGCAGAGAUCAUUCAGACUCAGCUCCACAGCAGAACCAGUGAUGAAUAUUACACAUACACAAACGUACCCUGGAAACUCUACAUGAGGAAAGAGGUUUUCUAUCCAAGAGAGACAUUCAACAAUCCAUUGAUCCUGGACAUGAUAUUCAGACAGAUUGUUCAUGACACUUUCUCUGAUGCCUGCAUUCGCAUCACCCAGGAAGAGAGGCAGCAGAUGAAAGCUUUCUUUGCUGAGAACAAGGUGGAUCCAGUUUCAGGAACACACGAUGAGAACGUGAAGAAGAAGGUCGCCGCCAUUGCCAGAGACUCAUGGGAGAUUUACUUCUCGCGGCUGUUUCCGGCAUCUGGCAGUGUGGGAACAGGAGUGCAGGUGCUGUCUGUGUCUCAUAAAGGCAUCAAGCUGCUAAAAAUGGUUAGAAGCAGCUCUACAGCUCCAGACUAUUUCAGAGUGUUGAGACCUUACAGCUACUCAGACAUCCUUUUUGUGUCCAUCCCGUCUAAAAACAUGCUGGAGUUCAACCUGACGAAUGAGAAGUUGAUCCUGUUCUCAGCUAAAGCCCCGCAGGUCAAACACAUGAUCGACCACUUCCUCACAGAAAUAAAGAAGGACUCAGAGUACAUGGUGGCAGUGAGGAACUACAUCACUGAAGACAGGAGCCAUCUCAGCUUUCACAAAGGAGACAUCAUCAAACUGCAGCACAUGGACGGGCUGGAGGCCGGCAAACGUUACGGCUGCAUAGUGAGGAAGAAGGUCAUGCUGCUGGAGGAGAUAAAGAGAGAAACAUCAGAGUUUGGCUGGCGGUUUGGUGCCGUGUGUGGUAAAUCAGGAGUGUUUCCCAGUGAUUAUGUGCGUCCUGUGGCAGCUCCAGACUUCCUCGUUCUCCCUGCUGAGCGUGCAGAACCCCGAGACCGGCAAGGACGGGUGGCUGCAUCGGCUGCUGUUGCUGUGGCGAUGGGCUCAGCAGUGGCUGCCCACGAGCUUGACCUCUCCAUGGAGGUAGUAAAUGAGAGGUAUGGAGAUAGCAUCAGUGUUGAACUGGAGGCUCUGCCGCUUCAUAGCAGCCAGUACCAAAUGACUGAGUUUGCCAAGAAGUACUUCAGAGAAGCGCAGAGGAACAGAGGUGAUCAGAAAGCCAAAAAGGGGAAGGAUGGAAGGGACCCUGCUGACAUGGUCAAAUUCUCCAAGUCUCCAAUCCAGGAGUCUCUUAUCGACUUCUCCGACAGCGGGAUGAACAGAGUGGCUGCUGACAUCUUUUUAGCUAUAAUGAAGUUUAUGGGAGACUUUCCAAUGAAGGGUCAGACUGAACAGGACCUGGUGACCACUAUACUGAAGCUAAGUGGCGACCACGGCCUGAUAAAGGAUGAAGCAUACUGCCAGGUGAUGAAGCAAAUUACCUCCAACACCAGCUCUAAGCCGGACAGUUGUCAGAGAGGAUGGAGGCUGUUGUACAUCCUGGCAGCUUUCCAUCGAUGCUCUGAUGUUAUGAAGCCAUUUCUGUUAAAGUUCCUGCAGGAUGCCUGUGAAAGCCCUGGGAUGCAGUAUCAAGGUAUUGCCAAAGCUUGUGAGCAGAAUCUGAGAAGGACGUUUCAAUAUGGCGGGCGUACACAGUUUCCUAACAACAUGGAGCUCAAAGCAAUGCUGGCUGGACGGAGCUCGAAGAGACAGCUGUUCCUGCUGCCAGGAGGGAUCGAAAGACACUUGAAAAUCAAGACAUGCUCUGUUGCCUUGGAUGUCAUCGAGGAGCUUUGCUAUGAGAUGGGACUUCAACGGGUGGAAGCUUUGGACGAAUAUGCUGUCUUUCUGGUAACACACAGAGGUCAGAAUGUACGUCCCCUGAACAAACGAGAAUACAUCCUGGACAUUGCAACAGAGGCAGAGCCUGUGGACGCCAACUACAGUCUGUGGUUCAGGAGAGUCAUCUGGAGUCUGCCUCUCAAACUGGACAAUGAACUCUAUGUCACCAUGCACUACAAUCAGGUGUUACCAGACUAUCUGAAGGCCUUGCUGAGUGUGGUUCCCCAGGGAAAGGCCAGCGAGCAACAUCUGCAGCAGAUUGCCAGACUGGCUGCCCUGCAGCACCGUGCCAAAGACACCAUCUACCUGCCCACCCUCCGUGAAGUGCAGGAGUGUAUCCCUGCACCAUUCUAUGGUAAGCUGGGUUCACAGCCGUGGCUAAAUAUGACAACUCAACAUAUGCAGCAUGUCCAGCCUCUUAAUCCACAUCAGGCCCGGGCACAGUUCCUUGGUCUGGUCAGUGCUUUCCCCAUGUUCGGCUCCUCUUUUUUCUACAUCCAGAGCUGCAGCUCAUCCUCCAUCCAUGCACCAUGCAUCCUGGCUGUUAAUCUGAAUGGACUACACUUCCUUAACAAGGAUACUCAUGAAACUAUGGUGCGAUUCCCUUUGAAAGAGGUCCAGUCAACUCGCACCCAGAGACCAACUUCAGGCUCCAGCUAUCCAUACGUGGAGAUCAUGUUAGGAGACCUGCUCAACCAACGCAUCACACAGCUACAGCUGGAGCAGGGUCUGGAGCUGUGCCGAGUCAUCGCAAUGCACAUGGAAAACAUGUUGUCAGUCAGAGAAAAGAGACUAACUUUGCCACCAAGUGAAAUCACCCUGCUAUAGCACAAACGUGC